AAAGUUUAAAAGUAGAAAAAGUAAUAAAACACAACCAGUACAAAGAAAUAAAAAACUCAAAAAAGAAUUAAAAAGAAUUUAGUUAUGGAAAACCUAGACGCCACCAUAGAUACCAUGGAGAACAGUCGGUUUGCGGCCCUCUACGGGAGUUUGAUCAAGGAGUUAACACUAACUUCGGAGUUGUCCCAGACGGACAUCACCUGUUUACUCGUCGUUUAUUACAAGUUCUCAAAGGCCAAUGGACCACAGUGCAAGCAAAUGACCAAAAAGCAGUUCUAUCAGAUCUUCCUGGUGCUCUUCAACGUGGCCAGUGUCCAGGUGAUUGAACGCACUCUGCUCGCCAUCACAAAGGACACUAAGUAUGUCAGCCCCAGGGCCUGGAUCCACCUCUUCGAUCUCUACACAACCAAGGACAUUCAUGUGCGAAUGCGAUUCGCCUUCGAGGUAUAUGAUACCAAAGGCACUGGCGUUAUUGAUCGUGAGCAAGUCGGCACGGCUUGUGAAAAAUUCUUUUACGGUGAAGACGAAGAUGAACUUAACGAACUUAAGGCGGACAUGACCGAGUUUCUCAUGAAGAAGUUUGAUCUGGACAAGGACGGAGUCAUUUCCUACGAGGACUACUCUACCGUCGUGGAACAGCAGCCAAUUUUAGUCGAGUUCUUGGGUUGGUUAUUUCCGUCAAAGGAGGACAAAGAUCUCAUGGCCCAUUGCAUUAACCUGCAACUUAAACUGAAUUAAAUAUUAUGUUGGUGCUCUUCAAAAAA